AUGCAUCUGCCGUUUGAAUCUUAUCCUGACGAUGCUGUGACUCUAUCUUCUGUUAGAGAAGAAAAGCGUGUAGUGUUAUUUAAGAGGUCGAAUGCAUGUGAGAUGGAGAUAUGGAUUACAACUAAGAUUGACCCAACGCGGUCAGUGUUCAAUGAAAGAUUGAGGAAUAUAGAUGUGAGCUUAUUCGUGGACGAGAAGAAGAAAGUAGCAUUGGUUUUCUGUAAAGACAGAGAAGAUUGGACCAACUUCACAGCUUAUAUGAUUGGAAAGGAUGGAUACUACAAAGAAGUGUAUCUCGGAGAAUCUACUACAUCUUGGCCAUUUGUGUACUCUUAUAUUCCAAGUAGGCCCGGUCUCUACAAGGAUGUGGCCUAA